AAUGUUGCGGUACUUCCCGGUAUCCCCAGCGACCAAUAGAGGCCAACGGCCUCGCUUAUAUGUGCACGGUGCUGGUGAAGCCCCGCAGUGCGCGAUGGACCUCCGCCGAGGGCAGUUGUGUGCGCUCUUGCUGCUGCUCACCGCUCAGUGUGUAAAACCAAUUCCAACAGACGAAUCGUAUCUCCUUGAUGGAAAGCCUUCACUGGCUGCAGAAUUUCCAUGGCAUGUUGGAAUAUAUUUACAUGAAAAUGAUGGAUAUUUACAACUAUGUAGUGGAACCCUUAUAAAAAGAAAGUUGGUUCUAACUGCUGCUCACUGUCUUGGAAAAUCAAAUAAUCCUAAGGAUUACAUGAUUGUAGCAGGCAAACACCACAGAGGCUGGGAUAUAAAGGAUCCAAAAGAACAACAACUUGAAGUGGAGUCAAUUGUGAUUCAUGAUAUGUAUAGAGGACCUUCACGAAAUUAUGCAGAUGAUAUAGCUAUAAUAGUUCUGAAAAAUGAAAUAAGAAUCUCAGAUUUUGUGAGACCAGCUAGUCUAGAUCUUGAAAGUAAAUAUGAGAGAGAACAACUGUCUUCUGGGAGUUUUGGCUCUAUUGCCCACUGGGAUUACAAUGAAAGUCCAGAACCAAGUGAUGUACUGCUAAUGACCAAAUUGCCAUUUAUCGAGUUCAGCCAGUGUUACGAGCUACUUCCCCAGUCUGUAAGACCUUUAUUUGCUUCUGACAAAUUCUGUGCAGGAUUUAGAAAUGGUACUGCACUUUGUGCAGGUGAUGGCGGUGGUGGCUUGUUGUUCGAGCAGAAGGUAACAGCCACAACAAAGCAGUGGUUCAUUCAGGGAAUAGUAAGUUUAGGCUCACCAAGAGGACGGAAACCGUGUUCCGGUUACCCGGUUCUUUUCACGAGAGUGAAUAGUCAUCUGAAUUGGCUCAAGACAUACUAUGACAAAUAUUAAAAAGACAGUGACAUUAUGAAACAUGUGCUAUAAUUAUACAUGGAAGAACUUUUAUUAUUCUGGAUUCCACUUAAUGUCAGUAAGCUUGUGAGAGUUUGAUCAGGAGGGGCGGGGGUUUAAGCUAUAAUAAAGUGUCUUCCUAAAAAAUCCAAUACAUUUUUCCAGAAGGAAUUUGUAGGCUUUAUUUGCCAUUA